UUUUUCUUUUGUGAGUUGGUGACCCUCUCCUAGGUUCCACAUCCACACCCUUUUUCUUAUUUGUCUAGGCUGUUCUGCAGCAUUUUAUGUAAAUUUCAAGGCCACUUUUGAUUUUACCUUCCACUUAAAGAUGAAAAGAUAUUCUGAUAAUAUGAGUCCUGGUCGUUGGAAACGAAUCUGUCCACCUGCCCACGAUUCCGAUAGUGAUAGCAGCUCAUCAGACUCUGACGGAAACAUAAAUUCUUUUUACAGAAGACUGUAUAGCUACGGGGGCCAAAACUGCAACCAGUGUGGGUUUCCCAAUCUGGUCUGCUCUUGCAAUUUGAGACACAGCCUCGCUGUCGCUACUAGUUCCAGACAGCCGAUGAUUUUGAUUGAUCCUAUUGAGCCCAAUGAGAGAGUUGCUGGUCCAACUGGAGCCAAUGGAAGCAGUCAUGCCAGCACCAGCAGCAAUAGUAGCAGCAGCAACAGCAGUUUCCAGCCAACUCUGAACAGUGGAGCAACAUCAACUGGAAAUGACAAUGAAAUCCCUUCGGUUUCCUUCCGGGCGUCUACCAGCAUCGAGCAAUUCACUCUGUCACGUCAGAACCCGGAAUCUUCAUUUCCCUAUACUGGCAAUAGGCGACGACUGGAAAUGUAUUCAGACCUAGAGGAAACGGCGAACCCAAUAUUCCAGCCACCGAAACUUCAUAAUUUCUCUCGCAGCAAUCGACUUAAAGAUACAACUGAAAGUCAGACGUCUAUUGAAGUGACAGCAUCUGAUGCCACGGCUAUGGAAGCCUCAGCUUCCACAUCGUCCACCGAUCGAGAAGCCAACAAGGACUUGGACGAGUUUAAUAGCAGACUCUUGAGCUUGAUCGAAUGCCCCGUCUGCUUGGAACCCAUUUGCCCUCCCGUUCAUCAAUGUCGUCGAGGACAUUUGGUCUGCGGGAAAUGCAAGAGCCAAUUACACCAAUGCCCCACGUGUCGUGACAGGUUGUCAGAAAUGAGAAACUUUGCCGUGGAGAGGAUAGCACAGCUGCUCAAGUACCCUUGCCAGAACGCUGGACUGGGAUGUCCAGUUUCGAUUUUGUUGUCGGGCAAAAACACCCACGAGUCGACCUGCCCUUUCCGUCACUACCAGUGUCUCUUCCGUACGUGUUCGUGGGCUGGUUUCCAGCAGGAGAUGGUGCCCCACUUGCGAUCGACGCAUCCGCUCCGCUUCUUGGAAGGUAGUCGCCAGGAAAUCGACGUCGAACUCAAUUCGCCAACCCUGUUCUACACGGACUGGGCCCUCUCCUGUUUCGGACGAAUUUUUCGCCUCAACGUUUUUCAUCACAUCCCCAACUCGAUGUUUUACGUCUCGGCUUAUUUGGCGGGAGGUUGUGGAGAAGGCACUCCGAGAUCGGCAGGCCUUCCGUCCGCUUCCAGAGUUCACUCCGAGUCCGAUUACACUUACACGGUGACGGUGAACGGAACGCUGGGUCGACGGGUUUCCUUCACUCGUCAGAUGCACACUGAAUCGACAAGGACUAGCCAGCUGUGCCACUCUGAAGAUUGUUUCAGCAUUCGCGGCGACAAGUUGCAAAAUUACACUCGAGACAGGGGCAGCAAAUUGCGUCUGUACGUUCAGCUGGAACAACUGGCCGAUCCUACAACUACCAACAGCUCUCAAGAAACGAAUCCAAUAGUCUCCAACUAGUUGUUUUCCUGAUGGGAAACCGAGAACUGGAAUCAUGUCAAAGAUUUACUAUUUUUUUCUUUUGAGUGUUUUUCUUGUUUUCAUCUUCCUGUGUGUGUGUGUGUUCCUGGUCAAAUCGAAUUUGUAUUCCUCGCUUUUGUAUUCUUUCCUUCGUUGCCCCCCCCCCUCUUUUCCGUUUCGAUUUGGAUCGAGAUUGAUUCAAUCUGAAUGUUUUUAUUGGAAUUCUCAUGGUUUGGCAACCAUCAGCGGAUCCAAUUCGCACCAAUAAAAUAUUCAAAGUGGGAUUGCAUAACCAGAA